GUCGCUAGAGGGCGCCCCCGACGACUCCCGCGUCCGCUGGAAAGGCUCGUCCCUCUGCGCGCUCCCGAGACUCGUGUGAAAGUUCCAUGCCGCACUGCACUCGGCUGGCGCGGGCUCGCUAGGAAGCGCUUCGAGCUCGAGCAGAAGGACGAUCCCCGCCACCCCCAGCGGACCGGACCGGACCGGACCGGCUCGCGCCGUUGCCAUGGACGAUCUCGACGCCUUGCUGGCAGACCUGGAGUCCACCACCUCGCACAUCUCCAAGCACCCUGCGCUGCUGGCUGAGGAGACCCCAUACUCCUGUCCCACAGGUGGGAAAACAGGGCUGGAGGCCCCAGAACCGCCCCCUGCAGAGGCCCUGAAUGGCACUUUGCCGGACCCCCCUGACUCGAGGCACUCCUCUCAACAGUCCUUUGCCUCGGCCCAGAAGGGCUCACGGUCCCGGGACAGCGGCAGCCCGCCCGCGGCUCACAUCGAGGAGGACCACGUUUACAGCUUCCCCAACAAGCAGAAGAGCAGCGAAGCCUCCGGCGCCAUGAGCUCCGCCUUGGGCAGCAACCUGUCGGAACUCGACCGCCUACUGCUGGAGCUCAAUGCCGUGCAGCAGAGCACUCCCUCCUUCCCCACUACAGAGGAGGCCCCUCCCCCGUUGCCGUCCUGCGGUACCACGCACUAUGUCCAGGAAAACGGAUGCUCCCCUGCCGUCAAGACAGCCCCUCCCCCCACGGAGAAGGCCAAGCGAAACGGGAGCCGUGGGAUCGAGGACGUGAGGCCUAGCGUCGAGAGCCUCCUGGAUGAGCUGGAGAGCUCCGUUCCCACUCCCACCCCCGCCCCCUCUGCGGGCCCAAGGGAGCUGAGCGAUGGGCACCUGGACACACCUGCCGAGCAGCAAACUCGAAUCUCCGCCUCCUCUGCCACGCGGGAGCUGGAUGAGCUCAUGGCCUGCCUGUCCGACUUCAAGAUCAUGGCCCAGGGGAAGGUCCCUGGGUCCCCCACUGGACCCCCUAGACCAGUAAACAAGUUGGACAACAUGCUGGGGAGCCUGCAGUCAGACCUGAACCGGCUGGGUGUGCAGACACUCGCUAAGGGUGUGUGUGGGGCCUGCAAAAAGCCCAUUGCUGGACAGGUAGUGACGGCCAUGGGUCGGACCUGGCACCCGGAGCACUUUGUGUGCACGCACUGCCAGGAGGAGAUCGGCUCCCGCAACUUCUUUGAGCGCGAGGGGCUGCCCUACUGCGAGAAGGACUACCACAACCUGUUCUCACCGCGCUGCUUCUACUGCAACGGGCCCAUCCUGGAUAAAGUUGUGACGGCCCUGGACAGGACUUGGCACCCGGAACACUUCUUCUGCGCCCAGUGUGGGGCCUUCUUCGGACCCGAGGGCUUCCACGAGAAGGACGGCAAGGCGUACUGCCGCAAGGACUACUUCGACAUGUUCGCACCCAAGUGUGGGGGCUGUGCCCGGGCCAUCCUGGAGAACUACAUCUCUGCCCUCAGCUCCCUGUGGCACCCGGAGUGCUUCGUCUGCAGGGAGUGCUUCACCCCCUUCGUGAACGGCAGCUUCUUCGAGCACGACGGGCAGCCCUUCUGCGAGGCGCACUACCACGAGCGGCGCGGCUCGCUCUGCUCCGGCUGCCAGAAGCCCAUCACGGGCCGCUGCAUCACCGCCAUGGGCAAGAAGUUCCACCCGGAGCACUUUGUUUGCGCCUUCUGCCUGAAGCAGCUCAACAAGGGCACCUUCAAGGAGCAGAACGAGAAGCCCUACUGCCAGAGCUGCUUCCUCAAGCUCUUCAGCUAGGGCCCCACAGGGGGUGUGUGUGGGUGUGUGGGUGUGUGGGUGUGUGGGGAGGGGGCGUGUUGCAGUCGCAGAUACGAGGGAUGUUUGUCCUUUCAUGGGUUUGGGGAGGUCUUGUAGCGCCCCCUAUCUGCAGGGGGGAGUUAUGCAGGGGAGUAUAUUCAGAUGAAUAAACAUGAAAUGUAAGAGCAGGAAAUGAAGGUUGCCAAAAAAUAAAUGAUGUUACUUUUGUUUUUGGUUGUAAAGAGGUGGGGGGGUCUUUUAAGCGUUGUAGAUAUAUGAGGAAAUAUGAAAUGCGACGCUCGUUUCGAUUCGGAUGUCGCAGCUCACUGGUUGAGUGUGUCUUUUGGGCACUUUCUGAUGCACGUGUGAAGGUCAAGGCUCCGUCGAGCCAUAUGGGGCUUUUUUUUUUUUUUUUUUUUUCUUAAUUAUUUUUGUUUUGUUUUUUUAAAAUCAUAAAUCUUUUCGUGGGCUUCCUUCAGUCUCUUGAGCGUUGCGGGGCAGUCCUGGUGCUGACUGCCCGAGGUCCAGGUGGUCUUUCGAAGGUGCGUUAUGCUUCUGCGGAGAGAAAAGAGGGUUGAGCUGAUUGGCGAUUUGAUGAUUUUUGGUGCAGAGCUUUAAUACAAAUGCAGGUCAAUAAUGGGGCGAAUUUAAGAAGUAAAAGAUGUGACCCCACACACACACACACAACUGAAGAUGAUUUUCUCUUCCCUGAAGCCAAUUUUUGCACAGACACAUAACUCUUCUACUCUCUUCUACCGCGAGCUCUCCUCGAACCCAUGAUCCUUUUUAUUUGUCUUCUCCGUCUGAUUACUAACACUUUACGCCGUGGCAGGAUCAGUAAACCCAGGUAAUAUUUUUAUAAACUUUCCUAUGAAAUUUUUAAAGGUGAACACAUUUUUGAAGUGCAGUGAAGUCUGAGUUUAUUUGAAGUAAAAAUGUUAUUCGCAUCCACGGGGCCUCACUGUUGGCCGUUGAACUCGGUUCCUCGUCUCCUGAUCACGUGGUCCUGAGUGUUCGGUCCCUGAGACGCUGUGAUGCGCAAAUCCAAAAUAUGGUCCUUGUGAUCCUCCCCCGAGGGAGGAAACAGGGGGCCCUGCAUCUGAAGGAGAGUGUAUCUCACAGCAAUAAUUUGAGGAAGGAGCUCCGUUGGGUGGCGCCUCCUCAUUUCGCCCCACAUUUGUGUCCCUAAGUGUCUAAUUUCUGUACCAUAUGUUGAGUGGAAUGUUUUUAAUAAUUUACACUCAACAGUGAACCACCUCGUUACACCAUUUCACGUGGACUGGUGUGAACUGGAACCCGUGUCUUCUGUCGAGGCCUGUUGCGGUCGAGAUGACCGUGUUGCGUCUCCCGUAGCGAUAUUAAUAUAUGAAUAAGCAGAACGUCCCUUUUCCGUAUCGCGGGACAAACCAGAGCCAUCAACACGUUGCUCUUAUCGACAUGGAAAUGCAACAGAGUCCUAGGGUAAAAUACCUGGAUUUAAAUUUUAAGUUUUUUUAAAAAAAUUCAUUUAGUGGUGAAAAUAAGACUAAUUAAAAAAGACACAAACCCGGUUUUUAAUUUUUAAAGCACAGCUCAUAAGGGGAAUUUCCAGCUGCUCGCAGUGGACAAUGCUUUCCGAGACACUGAUUAUCUGAACUUCCCUGUUGUUUAUAGUCAUAUUUUUUGUUCUGUUUCGACAGUGAAAUGCCACUGCAAACCUCUGCUGUAACGCCAUAAUACAGUAUACAAGAAAUAUUUCCGUUUAUUUGAAAAAUAACACAACUAUAGUUACUGAUUUUUUUUUAAAAGAAUCUUAUUUACUUACUGAUGUGUAACUGCAUAAAACAGAAUGUUAAAAGGAUUUUAUACAGAACAAUUUUAUACAUUUCCUUCCUUAUUUUAUGGUAACUUUAAAAAAAAAAACAAAAAAAUGUACUGUAUAUAUGUCUGGGCCAGUGGGAUUUAGCUACAGUGCAGAUGAGAGGUGCCAAAUGGUGAGGGUGGACUGUGAUGUAGCCUCAGCUCGACACACAAACAAACAAACAUUUGCAAGGAUGUAGCUCAUAUUUGCUCCAGGAGACUAAAACACACACGGCUGCCGGCAGAGUCAUGAAAGGGAAGUGGAACCAUUCAGGGGAAUUAAAACUCUAGAAAUGUGGACAUUUUCAAUCUCCAUAUUUAAGUAUUUUUUAAUCAUAUACUGUAUUUUCCAAAUCACUGGAAUGCCUUUUGUCAUUAUAUAAAAAAAAAAAAAAAAAACUGCUGUGUUUAUACAGUAUUUAAGUGAUUUAUUAAGCAGGAAUAAGAAUUGGACAUAUCUAGAGGUGUUAAGAAAAAGAUUAUUUUGAUUAUAGUUUUCUUUUUUUUCCCUGUGUGUGGGUUUUGGUGAAGUCGAAGUUUGUGCCAAAGUUUCGGUGCAGUGUCUCACGCUCACGUUGCCAGCAGGG